GGGAGAGCGGCGCAAUGUGCCUCGCCUAGCUGGUUUCGAUCGUCUGCUGCUAACUUUGGCCGUAUAAUCGAGUUCCAGUCAGCAUUGGGCAGUCGAGGUGUUACUGGCUCCUUUGCCAAUCUAAUGGAACAGCGUUUCUUCGAGCAAGUGUCGUCUGCAAUCGUGUUAAACAAAUCAAACAUUCGCCAUAAACGCGACAACUGUCGUAAACAACAAAUCCUGCUCCUGUUAUUAUGUUGUUUAAACGGAUCAUUGAAGGAAAGUCCAUGUUGAACGCUGACGCGAAGAGUAAAUCGCAGGAGAAAUGUUCUAGAAGGAAGUCGGAAUGCGAGGGCUGUGGCGAACAUUCCACCAUUCUCGAAGAAAUGAUGAAAAUGAUAUUGCUUGGUGUGGUGUUAUGGGCGGGAGUGACUUUUGGAAGCGCCGUCGCACCCUACCCGUUGAAUUUGAUAAUCACCAGUGACAUAAUUCACCCGCCACCGAUGUAUGAUUUCCCGUUUCCAAGUGCCGAAAAUCUGAGAAGGUUACCGCCUGUAACCGCGGUGCACACUAAUAGAUCUAUAAAUUUCAGUAAACUUAGCGUUUAUAUGCUCGAGCGCUUGGAAUCAAAUCUGCAGUCAGCUGGCAUCAAACCAGAGACGGGAUCUGCAGCUCUGGGAUUAGCUAUUUACGGAUAUCCCUCUGAUGAUGCCAUGCACUAUGAGGAGUCGUCCAUGAUCGUGACUAAGGCAUCGCAAAAUUUAGUACACACCCGAUGUGGAAGAUAUGGUUUGGCGAAUGAUGAGUGUGCAAGUUUCAUCAGCACCUUGAACUUGCGUGAGAGUGAGUAUGGGGGCGAGUGUGCGACUCUUGAGCGGUUUACGUGUCGGAGCAACAAGAUGUCCUCGCGGUACCGGACCUUCGAUGGCUCGUGCAACAACCCAGUGAGGUCCUCUUGGGGCCAAGCUCUCACCGGCUACAAGAGACUCUUGCACCCGAGAUACGCCGAUGGCAUCGAAGAGCCACGACGUUCAUUGAGUCACAACGCUUUGCCAUCUGCGAGAUCAGUCAGCACCAAAUUGGGGAAUAAUCUGGAUAAGCUCGAUGAGAAGAAGACUAUCGCAUUAGCAGUGUGGGGUCAGUUUAUACAUCACGACUUGGUUCAUACGCCAGUUCGGAAGACCAUUCACACAAACCAGGCGAUUCGCUGCUGUGACAGCACCGGGUUCCAACUGUCGCCUCGCUACAUUCACCCGAGUUGCAUGCCGAUAUCGGUACCUGACGACGAUCCCUUCUACAAGGGAAAAUAUGUUACCUGCAUGGAGUACACUCGGUCUGUCACCACCUAUAGAGGAGACUGCACAUUCGGAGCUUCGGAACAGAUGAAUCAAGCCACUCACUUCCUCGAUGGCUCCCACAUCUACGGUUCGAACAGCCGCGACGCUGCAGCCUUGCGGGAAAAGACCGGCGGUCUACUGAAGACUUCGUCUUUCGAAGACGAAGAACUAUUGCCUCUGUCUACUAAUCCGACUGAGAAAUGUCUCGUCGGAAGCAGCUCAGAGACAUGCUUUAAUGCCGGCGAUGUCCGCGCUAACAUGCAUCCCUGGUUGACCGGCCUUCAUGCUUUAUGGGUUAGAGAACACAACCGUAUAGCGAGGCUAUUGGCAACCCUCAAUCCUGGCUGGAAUUCUGACAAACUGUACCAUGAAGCUAGGAGGGUGGUUGUUGCUGAACUUCAACAUAUCACUUACAAGCAGUGGUUGCCGGCUCUUACAGGUAAAGGUUUCGACGAAAUGUACGAAUCCUACGAUGCCGGUUACAACUCUGACAUCGACCCCACGAUCACCAAUUCUUUUGCGACAGCAGCUUUCCACUUCGUGAACAGCCUCCUAGACCAAGAUAUCGAGUUUGGGGAUAACACUACACGACUUAUGGACAGCUAUUUCAAGCCCGAGAUACUGGCUAGGAAAGGUGCUUUGCAGAAAAUCAUGAGGGGAAUGGUCACACAGAAAAGUCAAAGGCUCGACUUCAACUAUGAUGACGAUCUCCGUCAGUACUGGCUGGGCAGUCUGGACGUAUUGGCAGUGGACAUACAACGAGGUCGCGACCACGGUCUGCCUGGAUACUCGCAGUAUCGCGCGCUGUGCGGUCUGUCGCACGCUACCACGUUCCAGCACUUUUCUGAUGUGAUGCCGCAGGAGAUGGUUGACAAGUUGGCCGAGUUGUACGACCAACCGGGUGACGUGGACUUGGUCGUCGGCUUGAUGGCGGAGGGGCCUCUACAAGGCUCGUUAUUGGGACCAACGGCUACUUGCUUCCUUAAGGAACAACUGUGGCGUACUAAAUCCGGCGACCGUUAUUUCUAUUCGCACACCGAUGAAGCGGGCAGCUUCACUAAACGCCAACUAGCCGAGAUACGGCGAGCGUCACUCGCGCGACUCAUCUGCGACAACACUGGAGCCGUCACCAUUCAGAAGGACGUCUUCCAACCUCCUUCGCAAAGUAAUCCGACUUUGUACUGCGAAGAAAUCAAGAAAGUCAAUCUAGAAGCGUGGCAAGACCCGUCUCAACAGCCUGACAUUUUAACUCGCACCAACAAAUGGAUCAAAACUAAAGUGGCCAAUACUGACAACUCAACAAAAUAGUCAUACAGUGUAUAUCUUAUCAGUGUAGGUCUUAAUUAUAAAAAAACGAGUUAUUUAUUUCUGUGUAAUUUGUAUGAAAUCUGCACUGCAAGUAGUAAGUAUAUGAUCAACGCCCUAGUGUAUUUUAUUAUAAAAUUACAGUUAAUUUUUCGUAUAAUAUUUUUAAGAGUAAAUUUGUUUUUAUUAAUCUUGCAUUGCGGAUGUAUUCGAGUGAUUCAGUAUUGAGGAUCGUGUGUAGAGUGUUAAGUUAAAGUUUAAUGUUGAUAUUCCCCUAAUAUGGGAAACUAAUCGAUUAAGUUAAUUUACUUUGUUCACAAACAUUUUGAGCUACGUGGCAGUUUUAGCUGUUUGGUAUUGAGCGCAAUAUUUAAUUUUUUUCAGUUAUGAAUAAGUUUCAUGUACCAAAAAGGCAUUUUGUUGCGGUGUACUUACACUUACUUACUUGACAUUUAAAUCAAACAUUGUCAACUAUUUUAGUAUAAAUUAUGUUUGUGUCAAGACAAAUUAAAAUCGUAGUCUCAAUUGAAAAGGAUAUUGUGCUCAAUGCCAUAACCACAACCAAAAGAUCUAAGGAUUUUUUAUUAAGCGUAUUGUAUCUCUACCGAUUUGCAACUUAGUCUUGGGAGAUCUAGUACAUGUUUGUGGGCAAAUGUUAUACCUAAUUAUAAGCAAGUACCAUGUCGUACAGUGGCUGUGAUAGCGCGUGCUUUGCCCUAUUAAGGCUCAGAUUCAUAUGUUAAAAGAUCUGGAGCCCUUUACUGUCUUAUUGGGAGAUCAUAACCACAUUUGGAGAAAGUGGAACGGAAAGUAGAACAAAAUCAAAGUGUGCAAAGUGUUAUAAAGUAGAAAGUCGAGAAGUAUUUGAUUGUAAAAUUAAAUUUCGCAGACGUUUCAUAGUGCAGAGUAACAAUGUUCUUAUGAUUAAUUUUAAUUAAAUACAAAUGUAAUACAGAAGAAAUAAGAAGUAUCUUAAAAUUCAUACAAAAAUUCGUAAUAUUUUUAAUUCAUUAUUUGGACUUGCCAACUUACAUAAAACAAAUUGAUUUGAUGAAUCGUAUUGUAUGAUAAUUAUACUUAUUUAAGUAGAUAAUUGUAUCGUUUAUAAAUCCAGUGUUAAACCGAAAAACUUUUAAUUUUUUCUCCAGGGUCAAAACCUAGUUGGGAACUGGCGUUAUAGUAAAAAUUUCAUUUCAUGAAAGGGUUAUGCUUAUAAAUUACAGGAUUGGACAAUACGAUUCGAUAAGAGGGUUGUGUUUGAAAUGAAUUGGUUGUUAAAUAGCUGUAUCUUGUUUAUUAACAAAUUAUAUUGCACUAUAUGUAAUUCUAAGGUUUUUUGCAACUUAUAUAGCUAGUUACUUAAUCUGUUAAAUGUUUUGAUUUCUUGGAAG